CAUAUUCCGCGGUUAAAAUAUCUAAAUUUCCAGGCAAAAUGCAAUCUCCAUGUGAAUACGAGUUUUCCAGAGGUAAUGGCACAGGAGUUGCCGAGGCAAUAGGUAACUGGGGUUUCUCUAACUGCAGUCCAAGCAGUAACGAGGGAGGAAUUGAACGAAUGAGAUGUCUCUUCGAGGAGAUGAAAAAAUUAAAAACAUCCAAGCAACCGAUGAAGGUGAAGUACAAUCCCCUAGACGAUCCUGGAGCUUGGCACGUGUGUCCCAGCCCCCACGAGUGCAAACCCCCCUGGACAUUUCCGGAUAAACGUCCCCUCAUCACCUUCAGCUCAACUGUCGAGACAAUCCCGGUAUCGAGCUAUCUAUCGGUGAAACAGGAAAUGGUAAAUCCGAUUCCUGGGCGCAAGUAUCUCUGGGAUAAAACGUUCACGCACAAAUGGUAUAGAGUUGAUGGAACGAGAUGCUGUUUCCCAAUGAGUUGUCAUCCAGCGUGUUAA